AUGCAUACUUCUCCUCUAUUACCAACUGCGAAUCAGAAAAAUGAGCCACAGAGCUGGCCAUACAAAUUUCAGUCCUCUCCAUGUAGACCCUUACUUCCCCCAAUUAAGAUAACUGACAUUCCCAGAUUUAGACCAAAGAUCCCAGAUUUCUGUCAUUCCCGUAAUUUGACACUGAAGUCCCCAACUAAUGUCAAACAAGAGAGAAAAGAUGUUUAUACCAUGCCAAUGCCAAACUAUGAUUUGGUAGGUCAUUCUAGCAAACUGGGAGUAGUAAAGGAUGUGCAGGUCGACUACCAGGUUCCAUCCCUUGCUCCAAUGCCACUGGCACCUCAUGAAGGUGGCAUGCUCCAAGCAGCGUAUGGGGAUGAACUGGCACAGCAGACUAUGCAGAGCCUUUUGCUGAUCUCAUCUGAUAGAAUACCACCACCCAUAGAGAGAUCUUCUUUUAAGCGGUCUCAAUCUGUCAAAUUGACUCGAAUUCCCGGUAUACAGGUAGAUAGAUCUAAAUCCCUUCACAAAGGUCAAUUGCUCAACUCCCUGCUUAAAAAUGAAGAGCAAGAGCAAUUAGACCAAGAACCAGAUUUAAAUCAGGGUACUAAAGAUAAAGUUGGAAAAAUCCGAGUAGUAAACAAUGCACCGCUGAAUCCUCUUGUCCAAUGUUCACAAAUGCCCAGUCCUGACUCUUCUGAUGAAGAGUUACUAAAACAGUAUGACUUGAAUAAUACCCAAACCCAGUCGAGACAGUCAGAAGUAUCUUAUCGCAUCUCAGAAGCUGAAAUUACUAAAAUAGUUCAGCAGCAGAUGGCGAUACUCAGUCAAAAUCUGACUGAGACUAUGAUGAAGACCCUUGCAAAGAAUCCAAAGUCCAAUGCAAAGAAAUAUGCCUCAUAUUGUAAAAUAUGUGACACUAGAAACCACUCCAUCUUUGACUGUGAAAAGAGACAUCCCAACUCUCGGGUUACUGGUGUCAAAGCUUGCUUCAACUGUGGAAAUGAUCAUCGUGUAACUGAUUGUCCUUCCCUGAAGGGAAGUUUAGAUCAGCUUGAACACUAAAUGAUAAUGGUAUGUGUGUCUAAUAUCCAAGCCACAAAGACGCACUUCACCUUUCACAAAAGUGGCUUACAGAACCACCCUCUUUACACCCAAUUGAUACUAAAUAUAGUUGACUUGUAAAACCUUGCUGCUAAUGUACUGAUGUAAGCAUGUUUUCUUUCGCAGAAAGCUUAUGCUUAUUUGUACAUUAGUCAUAUCGAUGUUGAAAAUUU